AGCACACCUAAUUCUAUCCCCAAAUCAGUGUAAUCAAAACAACCUACACAUCUCCUUCAACCACUCCUUUUUCGUUUAACAACCGCCAUGGUUGCCAACCAAAAAUCCCUUCCUUCUCUUUCCAACAACAAUGCUAAGGAUCUCCAUUUCCGUGGCGUUCGUAAGAGGCCUUGGGGUCGAUACGCUGCCGAGAUCCGUGAUCCCACCAAGAAAAGCCGCGUUUGGCUCGGUACCUUCGACACCGCCGAGGAGGCUGCACGUGCUUACGACACUGCCGCCCGUCAGUUUCGUGGCGCCAAGGCUAAAACCAACUUUCCCCUUCCUGACGACUUCAUCGACGUUUCUCCUCACAACACCAACCAAAGUCCUAGUCCUACCAGCACCCUCGACUCCUCUUCCUCCUCCACCCAUGAGAAAACCCCCUCUCCGGAGAUCGCCCGAAGCUACGGCGUUGGAAGAACUUUUCCAUUCAUUCAACCUCAGUUUUUACAUGGGGGCGGCACCGUUCGUCCGCUUUUGUUCACGGACGUUUAUGGUAGAGCAGAAUUCGUAGCUCAUGGUUAUCCUAUACGGUUCGAUCCGGCUACGGUGGAUUUGACGUCGAGGUUCACCGGCGGGAUCCAGACCGAUACGAACUCAUCGUCCUUGGUUGACUUCCGACCGGCGAAGGAAAUUCUGAAUCUCGAUCUUAAUCUGGCUCCGCCGGUUGAUGCUUAAUUUCUCCGCUAAUUUAGUCUUUUUCAAUUAAUUUUUUUGGGAUUUAAUUUUGUUAGAGAUUUAGAAAGGGGAAAAAAAAAUUAACAUGCUGGAAAUAGGGUACUGUUUAUUUCUCUCUCUCUUUUUUCUUUUUUUUUGUCUUUUUUUGUGGCAGCUUGAGAGAUGUUGUAAUUCAAUGUUGAAUCUCGUAAGUGCUAUUGUAAAAAUGCUGUAAGAAAAGAAGUGUAACCUUCAAUUUUAAAGUUGGAACUAAUAGAAAAAAUGUUCCUUAUCAACCAAUUAACUCCGAA